CAAAUAAGUCACCCUGUACCAUUUCCCAGCAGUUAACGUGAGUGAGAGUGACGUCAUUAUGGAGUCGAACACGUACGUCCCGGCCUACUACGCACGCCGGCAGACGUUGAUGAGGAAGUCAAUGGCGGCCAUCUCAGCCUCCCGGUUUGACCAGAGUACUGCGAGGUUACUGAGCUCGGUCGAGAACAGGUCCCAUAACUCCUGGCUGGGGGCCACUGUGGGCGUGGUCACUGCGGGGGAUGACUCGCAGGGCAUGAACGCGUGUAUCCGCGCCGUGGUACGUCUGGCCAUGUACCUAGGCUGUGAUGUCUACUACAUCAAGCAGGGCUUUAAGGGCAUGGUGGACGGGGGUGAGAACAUUGUGGAGGCCACCUGGAUCAGCACCAGUGACGUCAUUGGCCACGGGGGCACCAUUCUCAAGAGCUACAAAUGUCCCAGCUUCACAGAGCGAGAGUCCCGCCUCAAGGCCGUCCAUAACCUUCUGAAGGCCGGGAUCUCUAACAUCAUAGCUAUAGGAGGGGACGGGACGCUCAGGGCACUGAACGUACUCCACGAAGAAUGGCCACUCUUGCUCAGAGAACUUCACGACAGAAACCAGAUUACCCGGGAACUUGCCGCUAAACACAAAACGUUGCGAGCGGUAGGCAUCAUCUCCAGCAUAGUCCAUGACGUCUGCGGGAGUGACGUGGCUAUAGGAGUGGACUCGGCGCUACACCGUAUCAUCGAGGCCACCGACGCUAUCGCUACAACGUCCAGUAGCUCUCAGCAGGUUUUUGUCGUUGAGGUGAUGGGCAAAAAGAGCGGGUACCUAGCCCUGACCGCCGGUCUGGCGUGUGACGCAAGCAUGAUCUUCAUACCGGAGUGGCCCCCAGAGGGGGACUGGACGGAGGAGCUGGUAAACAAGAUCAAGGAAGACGUGGCCGUGGGCAAGGAGGGUAUCCUGGUGGUGGUGUCCGAGGGAGCCACAGACCGCCAGGGAAAACCCAUCAAGGCGGAGGAGAUCAGGGCUGUGCUCGCCAGAAAGCUCAACCUGGACACUAGGGUCACCGUGCUAGGUCACGUGCAGAGAGGAGGCAUCCCGUCCGCCUCCGAUCGCUAUCUGGCCUCUCGGAUGGGCGCUGAGUCUGUCCUAGCCCUGAGGGACCUGCCCGAAGACAUGAGCGCAUGCGCAAUCGGCAUGGUGGGCAACAACGUGUCGUGUCUGGACAUCGGCUACUGUCUGGAGAACACGGAGAAGGUCUGGCAGUGCAUGCUGGACAAGAACUACACAGAGGCUGUGCGGCUUAGAGGGAGGCUGUUUCAGUCGUUCCUGAGCAGCUACGCCAUCCUUCACUCACUCCGGCCGGCGGCUGUGCUGAGCAUCCCAGGGAUGAGCGGUGUGAGAAAGAUCGGUGUCGUGAAGAUAGGCAAGACCACGCUCGGACACUGCUGCGUCACCAAGUCCGUGGUGGGAUACUGUCUCUCCAAGUAAGUCUUCCGUCUGUGUGUUUGUAUGUCCGUCUGUCUGUCUGUCCAUCUGUCUGUGGUGAGAUAAAGUCUCUCCAAGUUUGCCUCUCCGUGAUAUUUUGCUAAGCUACACGUUUAGUACAUGACAAAGAGUGAAAUAAUGGUAACAGCAUAAGGGCCAGUAAUACACUUAUAAUUUUUUAAAGGACGAAGAAACCGUGGUCAUUUUCUCUCAAUCUUUCCUUCCAGAGAGUACCUAGAUCCUGGGUCGGGUUAAAAUGUAGUCAGAUCCUAGCAACAAUGCUAAGCCAUUGAAAGCUCUCUCUUUCUCUCUCUCUCUCUCUCUCUCUCUCUCU